UGUCUUGUGUAUCAAAAAGUACGGGCCUCUCAUCGUCAUUCCAUCAGUGAAUCGGAUUCCGUCAUCGGUGUCGGAUCGUUUUCUCUUUUUCUUCGGUGCGCGGACCGACAUUCUCGGCAUUCCACAACAACAAGGACGGAUCGUUGCUUUUAAAAGUCGUUGUGGGUGUUUGUUACUUUGACAAUAACGUCGACGACGUUUUUUUUUUUUUUAAAGUGUCGUCAUUUGCAUCGCAGUUACACACACAAGUCGUGAAAACAACGAAUUUCAAAAACGGUUAUUGCGUCAUUUUCUCCGACUGGGAAAAGUAGAAACUAUUUUAAAAAGUUUUCUGUUUAAGGACGAAGGGGGAAAAAGAAAAAUCCUGUUAAGAGGUUUUUUUUCCCAGUGAAAUCGCGAAAUGUUUACCAAUGAAACUAAUACAAGUUGGCGACGCGCUCCGUUGCGUCACGGCCAACAUCAGCAUCCGGCGUGCGGCGGUGACGACGACUCUUGUGUCACCGCAACUACCGAAUCGACCACAUCUUUCCCAAUCAACCGAGGCUCCGUCCUUCGCAUCAAAUCCAUUCCAAACGGUGGGCCCAUCUCUUGUUGUUGCUGUUGUCGUAGCUCUGACGGCUGGACCGACUGCAGAACUCACCACCCACCACCGACGGCCGGAGUCAUCAAUAACUCCGGUGGCAAGCCUCCAGGUGGCCAUUUUGUACAUCCGACGACUACCGUUCAAGUCACGAUGCGCUGGUUCCGAAAAGGAUCGGAGGACAACGCCCCUCGAUUGAUCAGUCUGUCGCCGCUCCGACAGUUGGACUCGGCGGCUGCGGCCGAUGCCGAGGUCGCCGGUGUCGGCCAGUGGGCCAACUACCACCACCUGCGGCACAGAAAUGACCAGGACACGGUAUCCACCCUGGAUCUGCCAAUCUCAUCGGGUCACACCAUCCAGCACCGCCGUUCCAGGUCGGCCUUGUCGGACAACAUGUCGGCCGAGCGUUCCAGCGCCUUCGCCGAUCACCACUCCCAGCAUCACCUUCCCUGCACGCUGAAGAGGAAGCCGGCCGUGAGGCGACGUAGCGGAGGCAAAGGUUCGUGCGGAUGGCGAUCGUCCAUGUCAUCGGCCUCGUCGCCCCGGUGUCUUUCCAGCGCCGCCCUGGCCUUCCCGCCAGCUGUGCCCAAGGUGCCGGUCACUGCGGCUCAUCGCAAUUUCACGACGACCGAAGGGUCAUUCGUCCGGCCGCAGCCGACGCCGCGGGUCCGCUACGCCAACCGAGUCCCGCUCCAGUACGACGAAGCCAACGACGAGGACAACGAGAGCGAGGAAUGGAUCCGCUUGUAUGGACUCUGCACAACAGAUGGCGGCACCGUCUCGGCGGCCACUGGCCGUCGCCUCUCGCCCAUCCGGGCCUUCGGUCAGAACCACAGGAGAACGGCCAGCCUGGACAACAUCAUCGAUGGAUGUAACGACAGUUCCUCAACGCCAACGAUGACGUCCAGCCGAAGAAAUCGCUUGAGGGCCCAACCGGCCGACUACCAGCCGGCCGCAGUGGUCCAGAAUCGAACGCGGCCUCCUUGCUGGAGUCCUCAGCGCUACAUGAGCAUCAACAAAGGAUCGAUAUCCUCACCAAAGAGUUCGGUCGAUGAGAAAUUGUUGGCGAUGAAACCGCUGGACGACGUAACUCCCACGUCCAGCCCGGGGUUAUUCAAGACCAAACUGAAAUCCAUCUCGGACAAGUACCUGAAGAAUCCGGUGGCUGGAAUGGUCACCAACGGCAGAGACACGUUGACCGGCAGUCUGCUCAAUCGCAUCCGCAACCGUCAGCACCACCAUCCCAUGAAGGAAGGCGAAACUCCGGAGAAGGCCAACCGGAGUAGUUUCCGCAGCUUCUCGUGCAGUACGCUGCCCUCGCUGGAUGAUUUCCACCGGAAGAGACUUUUGGCAGCUUCCAGCUCUGCUGGCGCUGCAGCCAACACCUCAUCCGAACUGCAGGACGAGCUGGAUUCGCCCAACAGUCCCAUCGUGUUGCGGGGCGAGCUGGGCGACAGCGACAGCGGGAUCGUUCCCGAAUGGUCCGACUCCAGUUCCAUCUCCGAAUCGUCCUACAUCCGCCACUAUCAACCUUGCCAGCUUCUCUCCUCCUGGCGGAAGCCUCAACCCAAAGUGCGACGCUCCCUGUCGCCCAUCUUCCAGUACCGAGCCCUGAACACCAACAACAUUUCCGUCGAUCAGGUGGAUUCCUCGGUCGUCACCGUCUCCUCUCCGGGACUGUUAUCCACUUCCGGCGCUUACGAGACUCUCUGGCCCAACGAGGAAUCCGAACCGCCAGUUCCCGAACACCAUUCCAUCUUAUCGUCGGCCGAUUCCACUUCGGCCGCCAAUGGAUCGGUGGAAGACUCGGACGACAUUGCUCCCGUUCGAACCUCGUCACCAUCACCGGCGGAAGACGAGGAGGAGACGUCGUCCGAUUGCGACGAAGAAGAUCGUCAUGUGGUUCACACGACACGAAUUCACAUCGAAUAUCCGCCACCGCCGUUACCACCUGCGUCCGAGCCUUCGCUGCCGGCCAAAAAAGCGGAUCACUCACCUCAUUACUUGACGGCUUCGCUGGACAGGCGGGCCGUGUCCAGAGGCAAAUCCUCGUCGGCCGGCAAAGUUGACAACAACGGAACAACGUCCGUUCACCUCAUCAAAAUCGAGCGUGAUUCGGACAAUUUGAAAGCCGAGCUAGGCAUUUUCAUAGCGAAAAAGAAGCUGACCAGAGGCAGCAUUGGUUACCUGGUGGCUCACAUUGUACCUGGAGGACUAGUCGCUCGGGAUGGCCGGCUCCAAUUGGAUGACGAAAUCGUCAACGUGAACGGCCGCCGACUUCGCAAUUUGUCGAUGGUUCAGGCCAGCGCCGUUCUGCGUUUGCCGGUGCCCGUCGUCGAGAUGGUCGUGUGCCGGGGCGGAGACUUGCGGGCCAAACGCCGUUCGGUUGACGACAUGCUGCAGGAGAAUGCGGCGACAAUCAUCCUGGUCAACGGAGAUUCUAAGCCCGUCCACUCGCGUCCGCCGAUGGAUGAGGAGCCCUGUUACGAGAACGUGAUUCUACCGCCAGAUGGCGACACGAUGGUUCAUCGUCUGCAUCAGCAACAGCAACAAAAGUCGCCGCCGCAACACCUAGAUGACUCUGGCGUGGAGAUUAGCGAGAGCGGCAGCUGCAGCUCCGGUUCUCACCUGGAAGCCGACGGUCUCCUGGAAUCGGCACCGUCGACCAAUGGGAGCAGCGGCGGCGGAUCCUUUCGCCGCUCUUCUCAGGUCAGAAAGGCGUUGAACCCGGAUAAUAAUGACCCAUCGGCCAGCAGUGGCGACAGCAGCGUCUCGACCACCUCCAGUCGAACUUACAGCGUCAACAUCAGUGGCGACCUGGCUGAUAGCAGUUGCCCGGCUGGCGCCAACGCCCAGCAGUCCGGCAAGGGUCCGAAAAAAGGUUCCGACUUUUGUACGCUGCCGCGCCGGCCUCGCACGCAAAUCUCGCACUCGUUUUACACAAUCGUCUACGAGAAAGGCCCGGGCAAAAAGAGCCUCGGCUUUACCAUCGUCGGCGGCAUCGAUUCGCCGAAAGGUCCCAUGAGCUUCUUCGUCAAAACGAUUUUUCCAAACGGCCAGGCAGCCGACGACGGCCGACUAAUUGAAGGUGACGAAAUCCUGGCCAUUAACGGAACCGGCCUCGAAGGACUCAGACACGCUCAGGCCAUCGGUUUCUUCAAAGCCAUCAAGACGGGCAACGUGGCCCUGCAGAUCUGCCGCAGGUUGAGACGCAACCAAAUGAGUCCCGACAAAUCCCGGUCGUGCAACGAUCUGCUCCAAGACACGGGCGACAACGACAGCUGAAUAUAAACUCGGCCCCACGGAUCGCCAUGAAUACGUCAGUGAUGGGUGAACUUAUCCUCCUCGAUCGAAAUCACCGGGCAACCGUCUCUUGUAUCCUUAUAUACAUAUUCCAACUUCUUUUUUUCUUUUUUUGGCUUUCGGGGGUUCGAUAUUUUUAGAACCGAGGAGAAAAUGUAUGUAAACGCGUCCGUCCGUCAACUGGUAGACUGUCUGUCACUUUGACGACGCAGGAGGGCCGCUGGCUGAUCCUUAUAAUAUUCAAAAUCUUUUCAAAAAUGUCUACCUUGAAUUGUAAUCUAUGCGGUACAUCUAUCGAUUUUUUGCGUAGUAUUUGUAUACAUAAUGUAUAUCCCACUUUCCCUCUGUCAGAUAUGAUUUCUCUUAUAUAUUUAUAUAGAAAGAAAGGGAAAAAAAAGAGCAUCUUUCGAAAUGUGUAAAUCAUAAUAUUUUCCCUUUUCUUUCUUUUUCAUUUUUUCCUGCUGGCUGAGGAAAAGGACAGACAUGUCCCACGAUAUCUGUACAUGUGUAUCGGCGUUUAGUCAUUGCGUGUUCGCAAGUUUUUUUUUUCUUCUUCUUUUAACUAUUUCAUCCGUCGUGAAUGUCUGCCCGGCUGUCCCGUUAUUCUUUCUUUCUUUCAUUCUCUCUACAUGUAGCAUAAUGCUCGAUCGUUUUCAUUCAAUGUGUUUGUGUGUAUAUAAAUUGGCUGUCGUGUUAUGUGUAAUGAACUAUUCAAAACAGCAACAACAACAACAAAAAAACAUUUUCUACGA